UAUCAAACCAAGUGCUCAAUUGUGUAUUAAUUUUCUAAUUGUCCAACAAACAAUGGAAUUAAUUCAGAUUAGAUAAUGCUCCUUUCCUUCAGUGCGAGGGUUCUGAUCCAUCUCUUCUUGAAUCUUGAUGAGGGGGAUAUGCACCUUCAUCAAGGGGUAUGCUCCUUACAAAUUUGGGCAUCCUUUCUUUCCUUGAAGAUGCAUGUAGCAUGCUUGCAUAAUAAUAAAGAAAAGGCUUAGCAAAAGAAUAAAUCAUCGCAAGUAAAUUGUGGGUUUGAAU